AACACGGGCGCGCGCAUUGUGAGGUACAGGCGGUCAGGACAGCGUUUUAAAGUUUAGCUCGGCUUUUCCUGGACGGGCAGGCCGACCUGGCAGCACCGAGUCCCUGGGCACAAGGGCGAUGAGAGGCAUGACACGUGGAUUUUCUGUCUGGCUGUUCUGCUCAGCAGCACUCUGGUCUAGACCCCGAAGCCGCCGCCAGGCGCCGCUAAAACCGCCAUUUAGAAUUUGAGCCGCCGCCAGCCAAUAAUUUUGUAAGCCAAUUUGAGCCGCUAUCUAAUAAAAUUUGGCUGAGCCACUAAGAAUUGUGUACAUCAAAUAAUGGGUUUAUCCACAUCAUGAGCUACAAGAAAAGUGACACAAACAUGAUCAACUGUACACACUAGUAGUAACACAAUAGAGACGUAUAGGCAUACACUGUAGAGAUUUAGAACUGAUAUCACAGCACAGAGAGCCACCACAAGCUUGCCGUUGUGACUACCUGUCUGGCUUCCCGCCCCUCACACCGUUACCACGAUACACUGGGGAACCCGGGAACCCACCCAGAGCAUCAAUCGACUCCGAUAUCGACGAGAUGGCUGCAUUCUUUGCCGCUGCUGAGGGAAAGUGUAAAGGUAUUUUUUUUGUUUGUUUGUUUCACAUACUUCGAGAUUGAUAAAAAAAAAAGUACUCCACCACUCUACUUUCAUCAUAGUAAGAUAGCUGCCAGUCCUUCACUGGUCAUUGCUAGUGAGAGUAGAUAGCUAGAUGCCUUCCUCGAACAAUCCAGAUUAGCUUAUUAUUAGCAUUGAACUACAAUCUUGCUAGAUUUAUAUUUACAAUGAAGUAAGAGACCAGGGGACCUGUGGUAAUUUGCUAUUUAUUCCCCCCAUUUGUUUGAUCCGUUCGCCCGGAUAUAUGCCACACAGUGACGUCCAGUAUCAGCCAUUUGUAGCCAUAAACAUUUUGGUGGCUGCAGCAGCCAUUAAGGUUUUGGCUGAGUCAGCUAGCCAGCCAAUAAUUUCAUCAGCCAGCCAUUAUCCUGAAAACAAACGGCUUCGGGGUCUACUCUGGUCUACAACAGCAUGGGCACCAUUGACAACAAUGCCCUGGAGAAACUACAUUACGUGACGGAGCUGACGAAGCACAUCCAGGUGAAGAGCAUCGAGUACAGCCAGAGCACGGAGCUGAUGCGUGUCUUCCCCUCCUUCGUCUGGACUGUCAGAGACUUCAUUCUGGAGCUGAAGCUGAAUGGCCAACCCAUCUCUGCUGACGAGUAUCUGGAGAACGCACUCAAGAUCAAUCCAGGACAGCAAGGGCGGCACAACCAGGUGCGGCAGGGCCUGAGGAAUUUCUUCACGGUGCGGCGCUGCUUUGUGUUGGAGCGGCCAGCAAACGCCAAAAACCUGCAGAGGAUGGAGGAGCUGACGAUCAAAGACCUGGACGAGAGCUUUGUUGACGAGGCCAAUAAAUUCUGCAACUAUAUCUUCGACGAGGCCCAGCCCAAAACCAUGAGGGGCGGUCUGGGAGUCACUGGCAGGAUGCUGGGCUGCCUGGCAGAGACGUACGUGGAGGCGAUCCGCAGUGGCAAGGUGCCGUGUCUGGACAGCGCUGUGGAGUCACUGGCGCUGAUCCACAACGGGCGGGCCGUGGAAGAGGCUCUGGCCCACUACCAGAGAGAGAUGCAGCGCUGGGUGCGAUUGCCCUCCGAGACACAGGAGGAGCUGUCCAAGAUCCACUCUAAUGCCAGCACAGAAGCCAUCAGCAUCUUCACCAAUUCUUCCUUCAAUGACAGCCAACAGAAGCACCAGCUGCAGCUCAUGAAAAGUGUGUACGAGCAGUUUGAACGGCUGUGUGAGGAGAACCGUGCGGAGUCUCGGCGUGUGUGUGAGCGUGCGCUGCAGCGUGUGUUUGCUCCGCUGGAGAGGAAGUUGAGGGAGAAGAAAUUCCUGGGAUCCGGAGGAUACCAGCGCCUCACUGCCGCCCUGCAGGAUGGAGAACGCAACUACAGGAACGAGAAACGCAUGGGCCUCAUGAGGAGCAGCAAAAGGUGGAGAAGGAGGCGCGGCAUGUGCGUUGUGUGCGGGAGGAUAAGAGGAGGUGCGAGGAGCAGUUCAGGACUCAGAAGCGCAGCUUCCACACACACAUUGCGCAGCUGCAGCUCAAGAUGGAGCGCGAGCAGGAGAGGGCUCAGGAACAGCAACAGCGAGUCAUCGCCGCCAAGCUGCAGAAUGCCAAGGGAUAUGCAGGAGCCAGUGUGUCUGGUGGACAAUGGGCCAGAUGGGGAAAUGGCUGUCCAGCAGGGGGCGCUGCAGAUCCUGGAGCAGAUCCAGCAGCCAGUGGUGGUUGUGGCCGUGGUGGGGCUCUACCGCACGGGGAAGUCCUACCUCAUGAACCGCCUGGCCGGGAAACAGACAGGCUUUGCCCUGGGCAGCACCAUCGAGUCCAAAACCAAAGGAAUAUGGAUGUGGUGUGUACCUCACCCCAGGAAACCAGGACACACUCUGGUGCUGCUGGACACUGAGGGACUGGGGGACGUGGACAAGGGCGACUCCAAGCACGACACCCAGAUCUUCUCUCUGGCUGUUCUGCUGAGCAGCACUCUGGUCUACAACAGCAGAGGCACCAUCGACAACAGAGCAGUGGAGGAACUGCAAUACGUCACGGAACUGGCUGAGCACAUCAAGGUGAAGGCCACGGAUAAAAGAGGCGACGAUUCUGAGUUUGUUAAGAUUUUUCCGUCGUUCAUCUGGGCUGUGAGAGACUUCACCCUGGAGAGGAAGAUCGAUGGGCAAGAUGCAACCGAAGACGAAUACUUGGACUUCGCCCUGAAGCUGAAACUUGGCAGCAGUAAAAAAGUGGAAGAUUACAACCUUCCUCGAGAGUGCAUCCGUAAAUACUUCCCAUCUCGGAAGUGUUUCACCUUUCCGUUCCCAACCGACCCGGAAAACGUGAUCCACCUGGAGACUCUGGCUCUGUCUGACCUGAAACCAGCAUUCCUGGACGUCACAGAGCGGUUCUGCUCCUAUGUGUUCGAGCAAAGCCAAGUCAAGCAGCUGAAGGAUGGACACUUGGUUGACAGCAGAGUGUUCAGCCAUUUGGUGAGGUCGUACGUGGACACCAUAUCCAGUGGGGGCAUCCCGUGUCUGGAGAACGCUGUGAUCGCCAUGGCGCAGAUCGAGAACGAGGCGGCGGUGCGCGAGGGUCUGGAGAUGUACGAGUCGGGCAUGGAGCAGCUGAGGAUUUACUUCCCCGUCUACCUGAAGGACCUCAACCUGGAGCACGAGCGACUCAACACGGUCGCCGUGGAGAUCUUCAUGAAGCGCUCCUUCAAAGAUGACCAGGGGGACCACCUCAAGAAUCUAGAGGAGUCCAUCAAUGGUGUGUUUAGCAGCUUCGUGCAGCAGAACGAGCAGACGUCAGCGCGCCUGUGUGAGGAGAUCCUCGCUGGUCUGUCUGAGGGACUCAGGAGCAAACUGCAACAGGGAGUCUACACCACCGUGGGAGGCUACCAGCUCUUCAGCCAGGACGUGGAGGACAUCGUACACAAAUACACCUGCCAAACCCGCGGAGGAGUCAAGGCUGAGGAGGUGCUGGAUGAGUUUCUGCGGCAGGGGAAGGAGGAGUCCGCUUUCAUCCUGCAUGCUGAUCAAACCCUAGGACAGAAGGACAGAGAGAUCUGGGAGGAGCGUGAGCGCGGCGUGCUCCUCGAGCAGGAGGUGCGAGCUGGGGAGGAGCGUCACCGGCGGCUGGAGGAGAAGAUGGAGGCGGAGAAGAGGAGUAACGAGGAGCGCGUCAGACUCCUCCUCGUCAAGAUGGAGGACGACAUGGAGCAGCAGCGCAAGGAGAACCAGCGCGCCAUGGACGCCAAGCUACGGGAACAGGAGCAGCUGCUGCAGAUGGGUUUCGAUGAGAAGGCGGAGGCGAUGUGCUGGGACUUGGAGGCCAGCAGGAGGAGGUGGGAUGAGGAGACGCAGAGGAGACGCGACCAAUUCCAGCAGCAGCUGCAGCAGCAGGAGCAGAGGCACCAGCAGGACAUGGCCUCCCUCAGACAACAGCAGGAGCAGAUAUGCAGGCAGGCUGCUGCACCUCCUCCAAGUAGGAGUAGAGGAGGAUGUAGUAUUCAAUAAAGGAAGAAGAGGCUAUUAUUUAUUUGGCAGUGAUUAUAUUUUUCAGUAUAUGAAAAUACUGUUUUCGUGUGUGUGUGUGUAAGUAAUAUAUGAAAAUGUCAAUAAUUGCGGUAUUAUCAUGUACUGCAAACUAAUGUAUAUUGACGACAUUGAAGAACUAUACAGUAUAUUCAAAUACAUAUAUAAAUUUUAGUCGUUGUUUAUCAUUUAAAACUGCUGUGUGUGUGUGGGUGGGUGGGGUGGAUGGGGGUGCUCCACUAUAUAUUACUAUUUAUUCAGACCAAUAAAAUGAUUGCUAUACCAAUGUAAAAUGAGGUAACGUCAUUGUGCCUUCUUGAUGCACUGAAAUGCAAUGCCAUCUACAGUAGUGACUCAUGUUGUUAAUGAUGUAAUAUAAAUUCUCAUUUCGAUUAUCAAAUGUAAUCUAAUGAUUUUCACCUUAAUGCAUUGAAAUCCGUCGAUUGUUAUGUCGAUGUAAUAAUGUCUUAUGUAAGGCAAUGGCAUACAGCUGUCUUCAGGACUAAGACAUUCAACACUUCCUUUCCGUAAAGUCUUUUCUCAGGAAGCUGUAAUACAUGAUUGCUUAUGUAAUAAAAAUGUAGGACAAUCCUCUUAUCAAACCUCAGUA